UACACAUGACUUAUUUGCCUGCAUGGUUCCUCGUUAUUAUUAUUAUUCUUUUGUACAUGUAAUUCUUCUUAGCCCCGAAAAAAAAAAAAAAAAAAAAAUUAUAUUGUGCACCAUCGAGUUGAAAUAGGUCAGAGAUACUUUUUGCCAUGGGUAGUCAGGAAGUGGUGUUGGUAUCAUUGGUUCGCUCCUUGGUUUGAAGUGUUUCGAACAUGUUGAACAUUGCUUAAACGAGAAGCGUGGGUAUAAAAGGGGCGGGGCCCGGCCAAAAAAAUGUCGCACGCAAAAUUUAUAAGGGAUAAAAUGGCUACUCUUUGCGCUCAGGCUGUAUCCCAGAUUCACUGCCUUUAGCAACGCUUUUAUGAGCGUAAAAGGGGCGUAUUGAACGCUUGACAUCCGCUUAGACACGUGGUAUUUUAGUCAGUAAACAGUCAGUAAACAGUAAGCUAGUUUGCGAUGGCUACUUCAAGGAAACGGGUGCGCUACACAAUGGACGUUCACUUCGUUGAUGAAGAGGAGAAGCAAGCGUUUCUUGGUCGCCUAAAGCAUGUCCGUGAGCUGCUAAAGCCUCCUGGAAGCCCUCUGCUUGACAACUUUAGCCUGUUGAGCACACUCUGUGCUUCUGUUGAAGAUGACCCAGAUCACUCACACCCUCCCCCUACCCGUUACUGCAAUCAGGAGCUUUAUGAGCAACAAUGGUAUGUACAAAAACGAUACUUCCGAUGGGCAACAACUCUUUGCCACGGAGUAUCAUUGUUUCACUGACCUAGUGAAAGGGCUUGCCACGCCCUGUCCGUGUGGGGUAACUAGAAGUCCCUGGGAAGUCCAGUCAAUAGUACAGAGAGGACAUGUGGUACGAGCUCUUUUUUGCUGCCGACGCUGUAAGGUGCAGAAGAGAAAGUGGUCUAGCUCCCGUGUAUUUGGAGGACAUUAUUUGGUGAACCAGAAGGUUGUUCAUGGGUUUACUUGUGCUGGAAUUCUACCCUCCCAAUACACCCACUUUAGUCAGUUCUGUGGUUUAGGGACUGUUGGUCAAAGUUACAUCCGACAAGUGUACGGAAAGCUAGGUUACCGUGACAUUGUACAAAGAUGUGAAGGCCCUUCUUGAGUAUACCACCAACAAAGGAGAGUGGGUAAUCACUGAUGCCCGGCACGACUCAAUAGCCAACGCAUACCACGCAUACCACACAACUGUGCCUUGCCUGUCUGGAAGCAACAAGAAGAUACUCGGCAUAUCAACUCUCUCUCGGGCCGAACACUCCACUGCACAGACCAAAGAACUUGCGUGUACCAAGCUUGUUAUCCCUUAAGUGCAAAGCAGAGGUUUAUCCCAUGAAUGCACAUAAUAAUUAUUGCCAAAUCUAGGUAUUGAAGUCAUCGAGGUAGCUCAUGAUAUGCAGGCGCAGGUCGCAAAGUACGUGUCAGACGAGUUGGAACUCAUCAAUUCCUACCUAAAAUGAACGAAGAAUGUGUCGAAGGAAAUAAAGAAAGUAACACAGGGCCUAGUUCGGAAGGUUUGGUUUCCUGAAUUAUCAGAUAUAUAAAACGAAGAAGUAUAAAGAUCCAGUACCUGUAUUGGGCAAUGAAAAAUUGCGGAGGGUCUGCUGAGAAACUGAAGGAGAUAAUAAUGAAUAUCCCUAAUCACUACCAGAGAAUCCACACAAAUUGCCACCCUUCCUCUACUUGCCACAUGGACGACUACGAACCCAGUAGGGACAAGCUUGUUAGCAGAAAGGCUAUAGAAGCUCUCAUAAAGCAGCUCCAUACGACGUACAUUUACCGCUAUGCUAAAGAUUUCUGUUCGUGUCGUGAUACCUACUGGGUUGAGUCGUUUAACCAUCAACUCCUCACCUACCUGCCCAAGCGCAUUCACUUUUCGACUGAGACGUUCAUAAUGCGAAUGAAUUUGGCUGUCUUGGAUUGGAAUGAGAACGUCAAUCGCUCUUACACCAGUAUGAGCAAAGUGAGUGACCUUCGACGACCAGAUCGCCGCACAGCAAUGAAAGCCUUAGUGAAGAAAGGUUUUAAAUUUGUUGCUUUGCUAUGGGCAAUGUAUAUGUUGAACAAAACAAAGCUGAUAUGAGAGAAUUGAUCGAAGAAGAUGACGUAGUAGAGGAGCAGAAUGAUGACGUGACCUUAGAAGACGGAGUGAUGCCACCAGAAUAUUCUGACGAGUCAGAGGCUGAGGACAAUGACAUGGACGACUAACAAUUAAUGAUGACAUGGCCGACUAACAAUUAAUGAGUUUUAUUUACUAUGUAAUUGGUGUGUACAGGAUAAUUAUAAGGCAGUCACUCUCUAGAGGUGGACUCGCUUUCCAUACCAGCCUCUUCUGGCAAAUACUCAUCAGUUUCUGCCUCAAAUGUUGAUCUGUAAUAGUAAUAAGGAAUUAGUAUUUGCUUUGCUCUUGUUAGCCCCCCUAUGCUAAAUUCCUAGUCUCUUAGCAUAGUAGGCACACUAUUCCAUUUGAUAUCAAGGCCUUACCUGUAGUCACGGUAUAUGCCAUUGUGGCUGGGGUACCUCCUCCUAAUCUCCUACACAAGAGAAACAGUACAUGUACAUACCUGUAAAAUUUUAUCACUUACUAAAACUACACAUUUCGGGAUUAUUUCCCUCUUGUCAUGUAUCACUGUCCUCGUCUCAUCAUCUACCCACACUCUCAGUGUAUUCAGCAACCUCCAGAACUUUCUGUACAGUUGAUGUCUUUUCUCAUCGUUGGCAGGAUGGGGGCCACAAGAUCCUCUUAGAAAGUCUGGAGGAAGCUGAAUCACACACGGUGAACACAGGCAGUGAUCAAUGCCACGGAGAACUGGAGUUGCUGGGUUGUGCUGGUAACCACGAACAUGGUGCGGGUAUUCUAAUAAAAAAAUUUGACUUGUGUGUUUAUUUCUACUUUUAUGUACAUGUACCUUCUUGUGGUUCUGAGUCGUCGCUAUGAGUGUCUAGUGCUAGUGUUGCAUUCAACGUCAGCUGUACUGUUCGAUUGCCGCUUGGUUGUUCCGGAGAAAGUCUGUCUGUCCACCCAAUCACUUGGAACUGCUUCCCCACUCAUUAGUAUUAGCUAAAGUAUGGAUUUGUAUGACUUUUUACAUUGUUCUAUUGUGUUCUUACUGUUAUAUCUCUAUUUCCAUCGCUUUGUACCACAAAAAAA